GGCUUUUUCAAAUUUCAUUUUUGUUAGGAAAUGAGCGGUUAGUUUUCGCGCUUCUGCUGUUGCUGUCUCCUGAGUGGUGAAUGAGGCUGCUCCUUGAUUGGAUUAUUUACUCUCUCCACCAAUCAUAAACAUUUCACUGCAUUCCCCCAAAAGCUACAAGAAGGGCGAGGGCUGGCCUAUUUCAUCAUUGUCUGUGAAGUAAUUGCUGAGAUUGUGAGAAUGACUGGACGAGGAAAAACCGGUGGCAAAGCUCGGUCCAAGGCCAAAUCUCGCUCGUCCCGGGCCGGACUGCAGUUCCCGGUGGGCCGUGUUCACAGGCUCCUGAGAAAGGGCAACUAUGCUGAGCGGGUGGGUGCCGGAGCCCCGGUCUAUCUGGCUGCCGUGCUCGAGUAUCUGACGGCUGAAAUCCUCGAGUUGGCUGGUAACGCAGCCCGGGACAACAAGAAGACCCGCAUCAUCCCCAGACACCUGCAGCUGGCCGUCCGCAACGACGAGGAGCUCAACAAGCUGCUGGGAGGGGUGACCAUCGCUCAGGGCGGGGUGCUGCCCAAUAUCCAGGCCGUGCUGUUGCCCAAGAAAACCGGUGGUGCCAGCAAGUGAAGCGACAGAUUCUGACCCAGUGACCCAAAGGCUCUUUUAAGAGCCGCUCACAGUGUCUGUGAAAGGGCUGUUGUGCGGUUAUCGUGAGGGCAGGGGAAAAGCUCGAGUUCAGAUUAUUGCAGGGGACAUUGGCACUUAUUGCGGGUUUGAAGCUCACAGCGUGAGCAGUCUGAAAUGAUGCAGCUGUGUCCGCUAGUGACUGUUGGCGUGCAUUCGGCUUCUCCGUCAUCUAUUUCAUAUUUUAGCCGGUUCCCGAGGGAGCCGGGGACAGGGGAGGGGUGAAGCAUAAUCUGUUUAGAUGCCAGUGUGUGUGACUGGCCGCCCGGAGAGAUGGUGUCAAUUUUAGUUUUACAACUCUGCAUUGAACGACAGUUUAGUAUCGCAGCCGACACUUGGCACACGUUAUCUGCGCCGUUCACGAUGCCGAUUUAGAUUACAGGAGUCACCCACUGUAAUUAUAGAUAGGCAGGUUUUCUGUAGAUUCGAGGAAAUCUUGGGCUAUGAGUCCAGAGUGAACCGAGCUGUCAGUGUUUCGAUGAAUACAUUAAGUAAAAUGGCAGCCUUUAUUUCUGCUCCGGUUCACUGCUUCCUUUUGUGAGGGGGUGAGUGGCUCUUAGGAGAGCCUUUAUUUUGUGCUCGGGAGAAGGUAUGUGUCUGCCGAAGCCAUAGAGGAAUUUCAGAGUAUAUGUCACAUGCAUUGCCGUAACCGUCUUACUCUAGACUUGCAUCGUGGAGGUGACCGUAUUCCAGAGUGGCGG